AUGGGAAAACACUAUCCACCAGAUACAAACACUAAAGUGCCUUCAGAGCAUGGACAUUACUAUGAGGAUAGGAGAUGGGGAAAACACUAUCCACCAGAUACAAACACUAAAGUGCCUUCAGAGCAUGGACAUUACUAUGAGGAUAGGAGAUGGGGAAAACACUAUCCACCAGAUACAAACACUAAAGUGCCUUCAGAGCAUGGACAAUACUAUGAUGAUAGGAGAUGGGGAAAACACUAUCCAAAAGAUACAAACACUAACGUGCCUUCAGAGCAUGGACAUUACUAUGAGGAUAGGAGAUGGGGAAAACACUAUCCACCGGAUACAAACACUAAAGUGCCUUCAAUGCAUGGACAUUACUAUGAGGAUAGGAGAUGGGGAAAACACUAUCCAACAGAUACAAACACUAAAGUGCCUUCAGAGCAUGGACAUUACUAUGAGGAUAGGAGAUGGGGAAAACACUAUCCACCAGAUACAAACACUAAAGUGCCUUCAGAGCAUGGACAUUACUAUGAGGAUAGGAGAUGGGGAAAACACUAUCCACCAGAUACAAACACUAAAGUGCCUUCAGAGCAUGGACAAUACUAUGAUGAUAGGAGAUGGGGAAAACACUAUCCAAAAGAUACAAACACUAACGUGCCUUCAGAGCAUGGACAUUACUAUGAGGAUAGGAGAUGGGGAAAACACUAUCCACCGGAUACAAACACUAAAGUGCCUUCAAUGCAUGGACAUUACUAUGAGGAUAGGAGAUGGGGAAAACACUAUCCACCAGAUACAAACACUAAAGUGCCUUCAGAGCAUGGACAUUACUAUGAGGAUAGGAGAUGGGGAAAACACUAUCCACCAGAUACAAACACUAAAGUGCCUUCAGAGCAUGGACAUUACUAUGAGGAUAGGAGAUGGGGAAAACACUAUCCACCAGAUACAAACACUAAAGUGCCUUCAGAGCAUGGACAUUUCUAUGAGGAUAGGUGA